AUGCCUGCACCCAAGAAUGUAUCGCAACUUCGUUCGUUCCUUGGCCUGAUCGGCUACUAUAGUGCCUUCCUACCAUCGCUGCAUGAUGUACGGGCCCCGCUCAACCGUCUGUUGAAGAAGGAUGCUCCCUGGUGCUGGUCUCCCGCCUGUGAAAAGGCCUUCGCCCUGCUAAAGUCGACGCUGAGUUCAGAUCUACUGCUCACGCACUACGACCCGACGCUGCCGAUCGUUGUUGCUGCAGAUGCUUUCAACCACGGAGUUGGUGCCGUCAUCUCACAUACUUUUCCUGAUGGGUCGGAAAAGGCGAUCAUGCAUGCAUCUCGCACGCUAACCCAUGCGGAAAAGAACUACAGGCAAAUAGAGAAAGAGGACCUAGCCCUAUUGUUUGCGUCAAGCAAUUUCACAAACUGUUGUACGGUCGCCACUUCACAUUUUUGGCGGAUCACGAACUAUUGCUGUCAAUCUUCGGUUCGAAGAAGGGCAUUAAUGUCUAUUCAGCUAGCCGACUUCUGCGAAGGGCAACCAUCCUUCUUGACUGCGAUUUCGACAUUCGCUACCAUCGUACUACAGACUUUGGUCAGGCUGACGCCCUUUCUCGCCUCAUCAGCAAUCAGCAGGAACCCGAGGAAGAUACCGUGAUUGCCGCUAUUUCGAUUGCGGACGGUGUGCGCCGUCAGCUAUCAGACGCCAUAGGAUGUAUCCCUGUCACUGCCUCGGACAUCCGACGUGCUACUGAACUGGAUCCUGUUCGCCGUCAGGCCAUCACCUACGUGCAGACCUGCUGGUCAACCACUGCUCUCCCUGGUGAUCUUCGUCAGCUCUUCCUCCGCCGAGCAUUGCUAUCUGUGAUUUACUCCUGCCUCAUGUUUGCGGACCCUGUGGUGAUCCCAUCUUCCCUCCGACCCACUGCGCUACGCCAGUUCCAUGCGGAUCAUCCUGAUACCAGCCGAAUGAAGUCAGUUGCUCGCAGUUUUGCUUACAGGCCGGGUAUCGACGGCGACAUCGACGACCUGGUUCGGCGCUGUUCCCGAUGUCAGCAAGCUGCCAAGAUGCCGCCUCUUCAACCGCCAGUAUCCUGGCAACUACCGUAA